AUCUGUCUCGCCAUUCUUCCUUUGCAAGAAUAGUGGCAUUUUUUCUUUUAUUCUCUCCUUGUUUUGCCUCCUCCGAAAAAGCUGCUGUUUAAGAAAAACAACAACAGAAAAUCAAAACCAAAAUUCCUCUUGAUACCCCGGCAUCUUUCGACGCCUCCUAUCCUUUCCUUUGAAUAAUCUCACGAAUUUAUCCGAGCGACCGUGUCGGUGCAGACAAGCGAGCCAUUUCCCCGGAUUUGGGCGUUACUUCUUUCCCCGCGGUUUUAUUCUUCAACGGCCCGAUUACAAUUGCGACCUCCUCUAGGCUGCAUGAACCCCCCAGCCAUUACUUCUGCACGUGGAUGUCGACUCUUUGGCUCAAUCAUACAUCCCAUCUGAACACAUAGGUCACUCAAGGCAACCUUUUACUGUCCUAGGUCGCACAGACAAGACUGCGGCGGCAGUGCAUGUCCAGGACGACCCGGCGGACACGACCAACCAUCUUUUCCUCAAAGGGCCUCUUUCCAGUGGAACUGAUCAUAUCGCAAUAGCAACGACUUAAACGAUUCGGCGGUGGUCUUUUUCUGGAAGAGAAGAAGGAACAGAAGAAGAAUCAUUUCAUUCAUUAUCUGGACGAGAGGAGGAGAACGCGUGCCUCGAUUCGUACACGAUGACGAGCGCGGUGAAGAGGGCAUGCGAUGCUUGCCAUCGACGCAAGGUCAAGUGUGACGGAAUCAAUCCCUGUCGGAACUGCAACACUGCCUCUCUCAACUGCACAUAUAAUGCAGUACCUCAAAAGAAAGGCCCCAAGGGCUCCAGGGCCAAGGUCAUCAGCGCGCUGCGCGAGGAUCAGAAACUGCAGAGCCUGUCAGCACAGGUGCAGAGCCGUCUGAAUGGCAUUCCGGGUCCGCCAGUCGCCCCGUCAUUGGCUCCCACGCCCGGCCUGUUGACCGUCGAUAUGAUGAGGGAGUGCAUGGAUUUCUACUUCGCCAACAUGUACCCGCACAUGCCUAUCCUCAACCGCCAGCGCCUGGAGCAGCAGAUCCCCUACAUGGAUCAAGUUCUGGACACUUACUGUCUCCUCACCUCGCUGUGCGCCCUCAUGAUGAUCCAACCGGGCAUGGGGAUUCCCGGUGGUGACCCUUAUGGCCUGGACAGCAUGCCCGGCGCGAACAUCGUGUCCAGCACUGUGUUGAUGGAAGAGACCAUUCGCGUGAGGAAAGGUUUCGAUUACACCGAGUCGCCGUCCCUCAACACCUUCGCCACCAGCUACUUCCUGUUUGCCUGCUACUAUGGCCUCGACAUGCACGAGAAGGCCUGGUUCCACCUGCGCGAGGCAGCGACAAUGAUGCAUAUUGUCGGGAUGAACAGGGAGGAGGUGUACGCACAGAUGGAUCCUAUAGAAUCUUCCUUGCGGAGACGGCUCUACUGGCUCUUCUUUGCCACAGAAAGAGCAUAUGCCUUGCAGCGCAACAGACCGUUGACGCUCCAGGCGACCAUCAAAAUGCCCACCGCAAAUGACGACCCCACGGAUCCUGGUGCUCGCCAGCUGGAGCGCUUUUUGCUUCUCGUGAACUUGUUCCGGCCCUUUGAUGAUGCCUUUGUCUCCACCUGGAACAGGACCCGCAGCAAUUGGCCUACUGCUCACAUCCAAAGCUUGCAGAAACAGCUCGCCGAUAUCCUACCGUCAUUCCUGACUUACGGCGACUCGCAACUCGCCGACAUCAGGACCAAUCAGCAGUGGAUCAAGACGAUGACCUGGCAACUCACAAUGAACAACGGCAAUUUGACCAAGGUGUUCGAGGUUGCAUGCACACUGAUCGAGGCUCUGGCCAUGCAUCCUGCAUCUCGUGAUCCGUUCUCGCCAGGACCCCGCGAGCAGCUCAACCCCCUGUUGAACGUCCUCUCGAUGCUGCGAAACGGAGACCAUCGAUUCAUCCCGCUCCUGCUCAGCAAGGUCCACGAGGUUCUACCGAAGCUCGUCAGCCCGAUGCUCCUGAAUGUUCCGGACAGCGUGUCCAACAACGCCUGCAGCGUCGACAUUUUUGACGGUUUCGGUAACGCCGGCAUGGCCCAAACACCGGCGAUGCUUGACGGCUUCGAGAAGAAGUACCCGAGUCCCGAAUCCAGCAGCUCGCAGGCCGGCGUCUCAUCAAACAACGACAUGAACUCGCCUUUUGUGAGCUCGCCCAUGUCGCCGGCGGCAGAUUUUUCACACGGCAUGCCGAACAGCUCAUUUAACACCAUGUCGGACGUGAUGAUGACCCAGAUGACACAGUCCACACCGGUGUCACACAAUCUGCAGAUGCCUGCCACAAAUCCUCCACAAACACCACACUCGCAACAUGCGCCUCAAACACCAAUAGCUGCCAUGCCAACCAUGGGUCAGCACAUGCAGAACAGCCUGCACACACCUUUGGAACAACCGCCCAACCUCUCCCUCAACCACCAGACGCAGAACUUUGGACAGCAGUCCUUCAACCAGGGCAUGUCUUUCGCAAUGCAUGGUCUGGGACAGGACAUGAGCACGAACAGUAUGGUUCAGAGACAAGGGCCAUCCCGGGCCAACAGUUUCGCAAUGGCGCCGAAUCCUCAAUUACGAACGAUUGGCGACUUUCAGGCUCUACAGAGGGCCAACUCGGACAUGGCCUCACUGGGCUCGCUUGGGAUGAACAAUGGAUUGCCUGUUGGACCGGACAUGGACUUCAGUGGUUUGCGGUAGCCCUGAAUUCGAUACAGAACUGGCUGCACCCGACCAUAAGAAUAUAUCAAGAGCAUCACUGCACUCGAACUUCACACCGUGCUCUCGAAAAUAGCGUCGAGAGCAUCUUCUAUUUAUUUUUCUUCUCGUUAACCAUCUACCUCGAGCAUUAUAUAUAUAAGCGCACAUGGACAUAUCCUGUGGACGGCUGGUUCGAUAUCAUGAGCUUGGUUUUUACGACAAUUUUUGCAUAGGUUACACAGAGGGAGGGGGAAGUCUUGCAUGCUCUGAUUGCGUCUUGUUAUGGGUAUCUCUGGCAAAACAAACUCGCUUUUAUAUGAGUGAGCAUCGUCGUCGGGAAGACGGAGCCAGCCACGAAGAUUCUGUAUUUACUGCGCACGCGUUGAAUGAGAAUGAGAUUGGAGGUGAUUGCAUCGC